AUGGCGACCGCGACCCCUUUCCAGAAAGAAGCGUGGACCGAAUAUGGCGUAGGAGUGCUGGUGCUUCUCCUCCGCAUCUUCGCCCGCCUGAGGGUCGUCGGCAUCAAAAACUGGCAAGGAGAUGAUUAUUUUGCCAUCGUUGCUCUCAUUUUCUGGACGGCCGAGCUAACAAUGCUUGAGCUCAUCGGUCAGUACGGCACCAAUAUCGGACUGUCAGACCAAGAGCGAGCGUCCAUGUCGCCAGACCGGACAGCCAGGCUUGUCGCCGGGUCGAAAUGCCUACUCGCCGGAUGGACGUGCUAUGUGACGCUGAUCUGGUCUCUCAAGACGUGCAUGUUGUUCUUCUACAACCGACUCACCCUCGGCCUCGUGCAGCAAAAGCUUGUCAAGAUAAAUGUCGUUCUCUGCGGCUGUACUUAUGUUGCCGUCAUCCUCACCAUCUUCCUGCACUGUCGCCCGCUCUCGAAGCACUUCCAAGUCUACCCAGAUCCCGGCCUCAACUGCUCCGCGGACUACAUCAACUAUAUCAUGAUAGCGACUACGAACGUCGUGACCGACGCCAUCCUCCUCUGCAUCCCCAUACCUCUUCUUGCCAAAGUCCGCCUCACAAUAAGACGUAAGCUGGUCAUCGGCGUCCUGCUCUGCGGCGGCGUCUUCGUCAUGGCAGCAACCCUGCUCCGCUGCAUCCUCUCCCUGCAAGACAUUAAUAGCAUAAACAACAGCACCGUCUGGGCGAUUCGUGAAACGUUCGUCGCUAUCAUCGCCGUCAACGCCCCCUGCAUCAAGCCGCUCUUUAGCACCUCCGUCUGGCUGCGCUCGUCGUCAAAAGACCCAUCGUCUAAUCAUGGCCACUAUCAUUACGGGAAGAGCAGUGGCGCGGUUAGCUUCGGGAUGUCCGCGCUGGGCCGAACGAAGCAUGCGCAGCUCGAGUCGGCGGUGUCAAGGGUUGGAAGGGACAGCGACGAAUUUGGCAUGCUGCGUGAGGACAAUCAGCGGAGUGUUGCGCUUGCAAGCGCGAGUCGUGGCGACGGGAGUAGCUUUGAUGAGAAUGAUGCUGAUGUCCGGGGUGGGAAAUUGGGGACGGGGAUGGCCAAGGGCGGGAUUCAGGUCACGACCAUGUACGAGGUGCGAAGGGACGGGCGGGAGUAG